AUUACAAGUUCUACAUUACUUCCGUUUAGCCACCAACCUGACAAGACGGUCGAUUAUAUUUAAUUUUAAUAAAUUAACAAACUUAAAGACACAGAUGAGUUCUGCAACUGAGCCAAAGCAACUAGAAGAUGUGCAAGGCGAUGGUCGAUGGAUGAGUCAGCAUAAAAGAUUUAUGUAUGAAGCCAAAGAGAGAGAGCCUGAAGUUGUAUUCAUAGGUGACUCACUCAUACAACAGCUGCAGUUCUCUGAGAUAUGGGUGAAGAUGUUCCAGCCUUUACACAGUUUAAACUUUGGUAUUGGUGGUGACCAGACACAGCAUGUUUUAUGGCGGGUGGAAAACGGCGAAAUGGAUGAUGUCCAGCCAAAGGUUGUUGUUCUUUUGGUUGGGACAAAUAAUUAUGACCAUACAGAUAAAGAAGUGACCGAGGGUAUUCUUGCCAUUGUAAAAGCCAUACAGGAGAGACAGAGCCAAGCUCAAAUAAUUGUCUUGGGAAUUCCUCCAAGAGGUGAAAAACCUAAUCCACUCAGAGAAAAGAUUUCCAAGAUAAAUGAGGGCUUAUGUUCAAAAUUAAGUGGAACCCCAAAUAUCUCAUUCCUGAAUGCUGAAUUUUCCUCCUUCAUCAAUUCAGAAGGACUGAUAGAUUCAAAAGAUAUGUACGAUUACCUACACUUUACGAAUGAAGGAUACAGAAAGUUUUGUGAGCCACUGGUAGAAGAAGUACAGAGCUUGCUUCAAACAUUUUUGAAGGUUGAAAACACUUCCAUGCAUUCGUCCUCCACAGCCGAUUUGCUAUGUAACGAUACAACGUAAUAUGAACAUCCUACAGAUCGUCCAGAUCUUCAUGGCAGGGCUAGGGUCACAUUAUUUUUGUUCUUUGUAUGCAUUUGUUGUAUAAAGCAGCCAGCAUGCCUUAUCCCUAGCAACUUGAAAUAUUAAAUGCUUUUUUCAGGGAAAUCCAUUAAAAAUGUGGUGUAGCAUAGUGCUUUAAAAGUUUUAAUGUCAAUACAAGUUAUUCAAAUUUUCCUGCCAUUUAUUCAUUGAAAUAUAUGAUUUUUGUCCUCAUUAAACGUAAUGGACUUUUAAGCUUAAGAAGGAAUAUGCACAAUUUGAUGCUGUUAUUGAGGGAUAUUGUUUUUGUUAAUACAUUUAAAUCAUGUUAAAACAGUGACAUAAUCUUCAGAAAAUGAAAUCUGAAAAAAAUGUACUUACACCAUGUCUGAAAAUUGCGUUGAAAGUAUUUGCUCAAAAACAAGCUUAUCAGAUUGUACUUUAAUAUGAGAGGUUCAUACGUUAACAUUGAAUGAAUGACUCUUGUCAUUAAAAGUUAAGCCUGUAUUCCAUUUGAGUAUAGAGCUCAAUAGACAUAUUUUACAGGGUUGAGUUAAAAAAAAUAAUUAGGUUCUUGAAAAAUCUGUUAUAGUUUACUAGCUUUAGGCCUGUCAUUAAAGGUUCAAAGGGACAUGUUUUAAAAAAGUUAAGGUGUUUUCUGAUAAAUUUCCAUAAUUUUUAGAUAAAAUUAUUUUAAAGAAAAAUCAUCCCUGAUAAUUUUCAGAUGUUGACAUGUUUUUCAAUAAUAAUUGGUAUACACAUUUAAAAAAAUAGUCAUUGGGAAAACCAAACAGUUAAGUGCUGUAAUAUAAAAGAAAUGAAAUGUAUCUACAAUACCUUUAAAAGAUUAUCAUCAUGGUGAUUGCAACCAUUUUUCCGGGAUUGAUUGCCUAAAUGCAUUUAUGAUAAAAAUAAAUUUUAUGAAAAUUGUUUUUUACAUGUUAUGGAUGACCUUUAUUAUAAUUUGUUAUUACUUAUUGUAGAGUAAAGGCACAAAGUCACAUAUUCUAUUUUAUGUUUUGAUUAUGAAAAAAACACAGUAUUUCAUAAAAUAUCAGAAACUCUGAUAGAGGUUUCAAAUAUUAAUGAAAACAAAUUAUUCUGAAGGUAAUGGUGUAAAAACUGUAAAAUUGUAUAAUUAUUACAAUAAAGAAACAGCAACAACAAAAAAUACUUGUAUAAAUAAUCAUGACAGGGCUAAUUGUAUUUGAUAUCAUAAUUUUUUAUUGGUAAUAGUUUAUAAUUAGAAAAUGGGGAUGUGGCGAUGAGACAAACUUCUGAAAAAUAUACUGAGAAAUAAAGUUUUACAGUCACAAAUUCAUGUCAUAACUUUUUUGAGGGUUAAAAGAAAAUGAACUGUUUGUGAACCAACAAAAAAAUACAUUAAUGGUUAUGUUUUGUGUUGUUCAAUUAGACUUUUUCUAUACAUCAUGAAAAUGGCAAAUUACUAACAUGUACUAAUUUGGAUUAUGUAAACAAAAAGUAUGAUUUAUCAUGUGAAAAUAAUAUGUUUAAUAAGUCAUUUUUUAUCUCUUAUUUAAGUUAAUUACUGAUAGCAUAUUUUUCCUAUAGUACAUAUUUGGGGAAAGAUUUGUCUGUUUCAAGUCCUGGAUAAUACAGGAUUAUAAAAACUGGUUUUGUUGUCUGUUUGUUAAU